GAUAUGUCAUUUUUCCAAAAUGGCGGAAGUUUAAGGGGUGGAAAAUUUAAUCUUAUGACGAAAACACUGCCAUGACUUGUAUUUAUUUUGACAGAGUUUGAAAAGGAACACACAAAGAUGCAUUUUUCGAUACCAGAUACACAAGAGCUUAAAGACGAAACGGGUUCGACAUAUACGAGUUUCAACAUACACAUUAAUGGCGUUUUUCACUGUAGUGUUAGAUAUAGUGCUUUACACCAAUUUCAUGAACAGCUUAAAAAGGAAUUUGGUGGAUUAUCUAUGCCCCCAUUCCCUCCAAAGAAAUUCUUGUCUUUGACUCCAGCAAAAGUGGAUGAAAGAAGACAAAUGCUAGAGAGAUUUAUUCAAAUCAUUAGCCAGGAUCCACAGAUAUCAAAUUCUGACACGUUUAAUGGAUUUUUCCUGAAAGCACAACAGGAGACCCAGAAGGAGCCAUCUGAGGCAGUGUCCCUUGAUGUGUACCUGAUGAACGGUCAUAAGAUCACGGUCAAAAUCAUGUCCACUGACCAGACAGAGGAUGUGUUAGAGGCUGUUGCCUCCCAGAUAGAACUUCCAGAUGAGUUUGUCUAUUACUUCGGUUUAUUUCUUGUUCAAAAAGAGGAGGGUGGAGAUAAUUCUAUCAUUAGAAAACUCCAGGAAUUUGAAUCUCCAUACAUUUCCUUGAAGUAUGCAAACAAUGUUGGUUCACACAGAAUUGUCCUGCGCAAAAGUAUCUGGGACCUGGCGUAUGAAGAUGACUUACUUGACAAUAAAAUUGCAAUGAAUCUCCUUUAUGUUCAGGCAGUGAGUGACAUUGAAAGGCAAUGGACACUGGGAACAAAGGAACAACUCCGGCACCUAGCAACGUUACAACAAAGGGGGUCCAAAAGGGAGUACUUGCGUCUGGCGAGGACUAUGAAGUAUUAUGGUUAUAUACAGUUUAAACCCUGUGUGACAGACUAUCCCCAUCCCCUCUCUCGUGUGUUUGUAGCUGCGGGACAUCGAGAACUCAACUUCAGGAUACAGACAGAUUCAAGCACAAUGAAGGAAGGAAGCUUUAAGAUCACCAGAAUGAGAUGCUGGAGAAUUACAACCUCUAUGCCUGAAUCUAAUGGACAAAUAGCCAUAGGUGGACAGUCAAGUAAACCCAAACUGGAGUUGUCAUUUGAAUAUUUAAUGGCAAAGGACACCUUGAAAUGGAUCACUAUAACCACAGACCAGGCAAUUCUGAUGAGUAUGUGUCUACAAUCCAUGGUCGAUGAACUGAUCAUGAAAAAGCAGGGAAAGAAAAUCAAAAAGCCACAAGACAGAUCCAAGAUGGAUUCUCGGACAGCCCAGCAAGAAAACGGUUAUCAGCCAAGCAAAGCAGUGGAUGAAAAGCCCAAGGGAAAGAACAAAACUUUUGUUGAGAACAAUGCAUUUGAUACUAUUGGUGAUGAUGACCUUUAACCUGUGUUCUGUAUCAACCAAUAAAAAGAGAGGUAGAAGAUGAUAUUACACUACAGCAUCUAGUCAGAGAUAGAGGAAACAAACAAUUUAUAAAUUUCAGAUAAAAAGGUGCUAAAGCUGAUAACCACAUGAUUUGAAAUAUACAAAGAUUUACUUUACAAAUGAUGCAAACUAGCAUGUUAACUUUACUGUACAUAUCCUUUUAAGGCACAUCAUACCUAUAUUGUAUAAAAGAACAUUCCAGUUGUUAUUGCAACCUUUAAGAGGUUUUGAAUCAAAAUAUCGCAUUGCUCCUUGAACCACCCUUGUUAUAUUUUGUACAUUGACCAAGUCCUAUGUUCUUGGGCCAGUAAUUUGAUUUUAUGUUGAUAUUUUACAUACAUUUACAUGUACAUUGUAUACUUAAUGUUACUUCCAUUCCAUAAUAUUCUUUAUGUAAUGUCAUAAAUACUCUGGAAUCAUUUUAAUUUGUGGGGGUCAAUGUUAGUAAGUAAGCAAAAUUGUUUGUUCAUGGGGAUGUAACUUCGUGGGUAACUCAUAUAUACAAAAGAUUUAAUAAAUUGAUAAAAUGACAAAAGAAUUGUCCUUUGGGAUGUACAAUAUAAAUUCAUGGAUAAAGGUGACCCACUAAAUCCACUAACAUUGGUACCCCACCAACAUUGAUGAUACCACAGUAGCCAUAUUUUCGAAACUUCACCCCGAUAUACCUUGGUACUGCAUACAUGCAUUUGCUUUUUGAUGGUAAUCCAUAUCUUAUGCCAAAUCUAUCUUUGACACUUCAAUUUUUUUCUGUGGAUUGGUAAAUGAUUUCACAAGUGACAUAUGUACCCCGGUAGUAUAUUAUGAUAUGUUUCAUACAUUUUGUUCCCUGUUGUUGCUUUCAUGAAAAAGAAUCAUUUUUUGCCUUUUGGUUAGAAUGAUUGGUUCAAAGAUGCUACAUGUAUCAUGUAGUUGAUCCAUGAACAUGAAAAUGUGUACCACAUAACCAAGAAUUUAUCUAACACAUUUAUGCAUUUUAUUAACUUCAUCAUGUUGGUCAGUUUGACACUCAUUCACUUAAAUCCAUAAAUACUUGUAAAGUAUUUUGUAUAUAUGACUUUAUUUUACCAGGUACAUGUAUAUUGUAUAUUAAAAUGCAUUUUUAAGUGCUUACCUUUCACAAGAUAGUGCACAAGAGCCAUACCGAUUUGUAAAUACAAUGCAAUGUAUGAUGUCCAUGUUCUGAUAAAAAUUCACGUGGCUUUUUGAUUUUCAAAUCCCAUAUCUGUUCAUUUAUUGAUAUGUCAUCUAUAGACUUCAUGCAUUUGUUUUUACAUUCAUCAUCGUUCCUUUUGGUGAACACAUAGGGCCUCCUAUUUAUAUUGUGCAAUAUUUUAUCCUUGUGAAAUAGAAAAAUCUCACAUGGAUAAGAGUUUCUGUAUUCUAUUUAUAACCAAAAGGCAGACCCAAAAUCUACACCAAUAUUGUAAUCACUUCUUUCAAAUUACAACUCCAAACAUUUUUCCACCAAAGUUGUUCACCGCUCACAGAGAAAACAGCAUUCCUUCAUGCCAAGAUGAACAAGUUCAGCAUUUCUGGAGAUUAUUCUGAGUUUUCUUUUGUCUCUGCCCCCCUUGUAUAUAUAAAAAUUUACUAGAAUUUUGUUUUACAUCAAGAUUCUAAAUCUUUUUUGAAGCUCUUAGUAUAAAAGAGAAGGAAAUAAACCAAAAUUUUAGAAAAUAAUUUGUACAGUAACUCUGAAUUUCAAAUUUAAACAUCAGGAACAAAUUUUAAGAAUUUUAUAGGUAGAUAUUUGAAUGAUUCUUGUUUUAGAACAACUGAUCUUGCCCUAUAAACUCUGAAAUAUUCAAACAAAAAUACCAUAUGUUUUAAUAUAAAGAAAGUAUUAUGACACCAUUAAUUUGAUUAAUUGUAGGUUGUCUUUAGAACAUGCAGCAUUUUUAUUGCGUUAGAUAUACCUAGACAGCUGUUUGAUGGAAAGUCUAAAUUUAGAAGUACAGUUGUUUGGGGAUUUUGUAGAUUGACUUGUAAUUAAAUCCUGUGCUAAAUACAUGUAACUUUUGUUAUUGAGUUCUGUUAAUGAUAUUGUUGUAGAAACAUUAGUCUAAGAUAUGUUGUAUUGUCAAAAUUUUAAAGUUUUUGAAUACUUUAAGAUAUCAUAAGAAAGUGCCAUAGUUAGUUCUUAAAUCUAGAACAAUUAUACUACAUUCGUUUUUUUCCAUUUAUCAAAAAUUUCUUGAAACAUAUUGGUUUUUCUAUUAUUUUAAAUUUUUAACAGUUAUGUAUAUGAGUAGAAUCAAACUACCUAUUAACAUUCUAAAUUUUUUAUCACUGUUAUCGAUGUCAUUCCAUGUACAGAGAGAUAAAAAUAAAACUAAGAAUUGCUACUGUA